AUGAGUGACUAUUAUCGUUCGGUGAUUGACCAUUUAUCGGAAUUUAAAAACGAGGCUGAAAUGAGGUCCGAAAACGACAAAAGUGAACAAGAUAACGACUCGCAAACAUCCACUCCGUCGUGCGUCUCGAAGAUGGAUUAUACACUGCCGAAAUAUCGGAAUAACGUAAGUCCCGCGAUCGACAAGAUCAUGCGAAUGAUGAACAUGCCGAGCUUGAUAACGUCUGAGGACUCGUCCAGCGACUUGCUGACAUCGAAGAAUCGCAUUCCCUCGUCUAAUUUUUGUUGUGGCGGUAAUGAAAACGUCAUAAUUCCUAUCAUGGCUAAAGAAUGUUUGGAUAUAUGCUUCUCGAGUCCAAAGCCGUUUGUCAGUACUUGUAAAAAAUACAGCACAGUGACGGAUCGCAUGUACUCAUUGUUCCAGGAUGCGCAGAAACCGCAAUUGCAAGAAAUGAUAGAACCGCUUCCGAAUGGCGAGUCAGAGGAUCCUUCAAAUUACGAGGAGAAAAUCUAUGUAUCCGAGGUGACUUUCUUACUAAUGGCGUCCAAUAGGAAUCAAAGAAUGAGGGAUAAUGUGUUUCAACGAACCAUGCCAUCACGAACCAAUUCUAGAGAUAGCGGCUUUAGUGAACUUGUGGAAUUCGUGGAAGAGACUCGAGACAAAAAUCAUGAAGAUGACCGAGACUGGCAAUAG